AUGUCUGCAAAUAUCUCCUAUGCAAUCUCAUUCACAGAUCCGAUUCCAUUCGACUGUAGUCAACAAUAUGACACGUUCAUCGAGAUUAUGAAAUUCGUUUGUCAAAUGGCUUACCUGAUUCCUGGUUGGAUUUUGCAUAUUCUAAUUUUGAGGACGAUUUUGUGGAAGGAGUCGAGAGUGUUUUUGCAUAACUCGUUUUUUGUGAUCUAUGCGUUAGAUUCGUUUGCGGUAAGGGUUUGGGGAUUAAAGUUUGAGGCUGCCAGGUUGCUUUAGGCUUGGGCCUAGGCUUAACUGCUUUGCGGAGGAUAGCGGUUUAGACUCGCGCAAGGCGCUCGGGGCUUGUUUGUUAGGCUUGGGCCUAGGCUUAGCCUUUUCGCGGAAGAUUGCGGUUUAGACUUGGGUAGAGGUCUUUAGGUCUAGACUAAAAAUUAGCGUGCAUACCGUUCUCAAAAGUAGUGCGAAGCGUGUGCGUCGCGGUCAGCAGCUUUUUUUGUCGUCGAGGCUUGGGCCUAGGCUCAACCGCUUCGCGGAAGAUAGCGGUUUAGACUCGGGUAGAGAUGUUCAGGUUUAGACUAAAAAUUAGCGUGCAUACCGUUCCGAAAAUCACGUGCGAAGCGUGUGCGUCGCGGUCACCGGUUUUUUUUUGUUGAAAAUAAUUUCUCACCAGCGAACUUUUUUGAGCCCUAUACUCCGAGAGAAGUACACACCGAUUGUGCGAUAGAGCAACUUUGAUUUUCCAGAGCUUCACGAUGUUAACUUGCGAUAUCACCUACGGUCGAGCUUUAAUGUACAUCCCACCACUUUGCCCAAUCUUCUCCCCAUAUUUCUUCAAUCCCUCUUUUCCUCAAAAGUUAUCUUAUCUUAUCCCGAAUUAUAUGAAAGCUAUGAAAUGUGUCACUCAAAUAUUCAUGAAUAUCAAUCGAUUACACUGUAUUCUAUACCCAAUCUCUUAUAAAACCACGUGGAAUCGUAAAAUACUCCCGAUCACUCUCUUUAUUCUAUUGAGCCCAUGCUUGGUGACGUGGAACUUGAUGAUUUCUCGAAUGUUCGCCUUUCCAAUCUACGGUGGAUUUACCGUAACUUAUUUGAAACGGGUUUCGUGGGCCAGCUUGUCAUUGUUUCAUUUUAUAUUUUUGUCCACAGCAGUUAUUAUAACUAUAGUUUGCACAAUUCUAUCGGUUUUUGUUUUGACAACUCUUUCGAUGCGAGUGAAAAGUGUCGAAAUGACAUUGUGCUUGGCGAAUUUUUUGAUCUCGGUUGGAUUUGUAAGCACCGCCUUUUGUCAGGUAUUUUUUACGCCAACUUUUUUACGCCAUGACGUGGCAAUUUGGAAUUUUUUUCAGAGUUUCUGGGCAUUCUGCCCAACUUGCUCAUCCGAUUUUCUCUUUGGUAUCCAAUUUUUAAGCUAUGAUUUUCUUAACAUCGCAUCUCCCUUGAUCAUAAUUUGUAUGAGCUCACAACUUCGAGACUCGAUUUUGUCCUCAAAAAUCAAGCAAUCUCCAUUUAUUUUUAUUUCGUCUUUGCCGUCAGCAACAACACAAACAAUUUAA